AGCACAGAAAAGUUUCCACGGGCAGCCUGACCACGAGGGGUUUGCAGCCUUACUCUGAUACCCCAGCUUUCGUCUUCAUCUUCACUCCUUCUGUCAAUUGAAUCUGUACAAAAUCAAUCCUUACACAAUGGGCGGCCAAAAGACUGCCAUUCUGUCGGUAUACGACAAGACCGGCCUCCUCGACCUGGCCAAAGGUCUCCACGACAAUGGAGUCCGACUGCUAGCCUCCGGGGGCACUGCAAAGAUGAUCCGCCAGGCGAACUUCCCCGUCGAAGACGUCUCUGCCAUCACCAAAGCGCCCGAGAUGCUGGGCGGGCGCGUCAAGACCCUACACCCCGCUGUCCAUGGAGGAAUACUAGCUAGGAACCUCGAGUCGGAUGAUUCAGAUCUUUCGGCUAAUAGCAUCGAUAAGAUCGACUUCGUCGUCUGCAAUCUCUAUCCCUUCUCAGAGACGGUUGCGCGGAUCAACGUCACGAUUCCGGAGGCGGUUGAGGAGAUUGAUAUUGGUGGCGUGACACUGCUGAGAGCUGCGGCGAAGAACCACGCUAGGGUUACAAUCAUCAGCGACCCGAAGGACUACCACGACUUCCUCACCGAGCUCAAGGAACAUGGCGAGGUCACGGAGAAGAGCAGGCAAAGGUAUGCGCUGAAAGCAUUCGAGCAGACUGCGGGAUACGACAGCGCUAUCUCUGGCUUCUUCCGGAAGAAGUAUGCUGGCGAGGGCGAGCAGCAACUGCCCCUUCGAUACGGCGCAAACCCGCAUCAGAAGCCGGCGACAGUGUUCAUGCAGGAUGCGCAAUUACCCUUCAAGGUGCUGUGCGGCGCGCCGGGAUACAUCAAUCUGCUGGAUGCACUGAAUGCUUGGCCGUUGGUGCAGGAGCUUAGUGACGCCCUCAACUACCCGGCUGCGGCUAGCUUUAAGCAUGUCUCGCCUGCUGGCGCGGCAAUCGGAGUACCCCUCAGCGAGGAAGAGCGGAAGGUCUACAUGGUGGAUGACAUUGAUGCUAUCGAGAGCUCGGGACUGGCGCAGGCAUAUGCAAGAGCACGCGGUGCGGAUCGGAUGUCGAGCUUCGGAGAUCUCAUCGCUCUUUCACACGAGGUCGACGUGCCCACCGCGAAGAUCAUCAGCCGAGAAGUAUCGGAUGGAGUCAUCGCGCCAAAGUACACAGAGGAAGCAUUGGAGAUCCUCAAGAAGAAGAAGGGCGGGAAGUACUUGGUUCUUCAGAUGGAUCCCAGCUACGUUCCGGGACUGGUGGAGAAAAGGACAGUGUUCGGUAUCACGCUGCAGCAACACCGCAACGACGCCAAGAUCUCUCCUGCAGAUACGUUCAACACGGUCAUUGUGCCUAAGAACUCGUCUCCGCUGCCGGAAUCUGCACUUAGGGAUCUGACCGUUGCUACCAUUGCGCUCAAGUACACGCAAUCAAACAGCGUGUGCUACGCGCUCAAUGGCCAGGUUAUUGGUCUCGGAGCUGGCCAACAGUCUCGCAUCCACUGCACACGCCUGGCAGGCGACAAGGCCGACAACUGGUGGAUGCGCUUCCAUGAGCGCACCUUGAACCUCAAGUGGAAGAAGGGCACGAAGCGCCCCUCAAAAUCCAACGCCAUCGACCUCCUCUGCGGCGGCCUUGUCCCGGACUCCGGCAUCGAGCGCGAAGACUUCGAAUCACACUUCGAAGAGGGCCAGGUCCCGCAAUCUUUUACCGCUGAAGAGAGGAAAGCGUGGCUUCAGAAACUACAGGGUGUCGCUCUUAGCUCCGACGCCUUCUUCCCAUUCAUCGAUAAUGUGUUCAGGGCGGCGAGAAGCGGAACGAAGUACAUCGCCGCGCCGACGGGCAGCCAGAACGAUGGCGCAGUGUUUGAGACGGCGGAGAAGCUGGGAAUUACGUUUGUGGAGCAGCACGUUCGGCUGUUCCACCACUGAGGGACUCGUUUACGGGUGCCUUGCCUGACGGGAAUGGAUGGAUUUACGACGAAAUGAUCUGCAUUAGAAAGGGGAAAACUGGGUUAGGUCGGAUGAUAUCAAAAAGCUUCGUAGCUGUAUAAACAUUCAACAUGUCUCU